AUGAUAAUACCGUAGAAAAAGUCAGAGCUGUGAUGGUAGAGAUGCUGCUUGAAAAGACAGCUACAAGCUCCAAGAAGAAGAGCGAGAGGAAAUGUGCCAGCAAAGAGUACAGACAGUUGUCCAGCAUCAUGGGAAGCAUGAACAACCUAAGGAAGCAGGGUAUCCUCUGUGAUGUGACCCUGGUGGUUCAGGGAAAAUACUUUCCUGCCCACAGAGUAGUGCUGGCUGCUGCAAGUCACUUCUUCAACCUCAUGUUUACCACUAGAAUGAUGGAGUCCAUGUCCCAUGAGGUGGAGCUUCGAAGUGCAGAGCCUGAGAUUAUUGAGAUCUUAAUUGAGUUUAUCUACACGGCUCAAAUAUCAGUGAAUGGCAGCAAUGUCCAGUCUUUGCUGGAUGCAGCUAACCAGUACCAGAUUGAACCUGUGAAGAAGAUGUGUGUUGAAUUCCUCAAAGGACAGAUUGAUGCAACUAACUGCCUGGGUAUUUCAGCCCUUGCUGACUGCAUGGACUGCCCUGAGCUGAAAGCUGCAGCAGAGGACUUCUUUCAGCUCCAUUUCACUGAAGUCUACAAACUAGAUGAGUUCCUGCUACUAGAUGUUGAGCAACUCACCCGUCUGUUGCACCAGGACAAACUCACUGUCCGUGCUGAGGCCCAGAUAUAUGACGCAGCAGUACGUUGGCUGAAGUAUGAUGUCUGCAACAGACAGCAGUACAUGGUGGAGGUGCUAGGGUGCGUUCGCUUCCCGUUGGUCUCUAAAACCUUCUUAUCCAAAACGGUGCAGGCUGAGCCGCUCAUUCAGGACAAUCCCCAAUGCCUCAAGAUGGUCAUCAGUGGGAUGCGAUACCAUUUGCUGUCCCUGGAGGAUCGGGAGGACCUGGGAGAAAGCAGCCGACCGAGACGAAAGAAGCACGACUACCGCAUUGCUUUGUUUGGAGGAUCUCAGCCACAGUCCUGCCGCUAUUUUAACCCCAAGGAGUCCACCUGGACAGAUAUCCGCUGUCCCUUUGAGAAACGUCGCGAUGCCACCGCUGUGUUCUGGGACAACGUGGUCUACAUCUUGGGCGGCUCGCAGCUCUUCCCGAUCAAGCGCAUGGAUUGCUACAAUGUUUUGAAAGACAGCUGGUAUUCCAAGCUGGGUCCACCCACUCCACGAGACAGUCUGGCUGCCUGCGCCGCCCAGGGAAAGAUCUACACAUCUGGGGGAUCUGAAGUUGGAAGCUCGGCCUUGGACCUUUUUGAAUGCUACGACACCAGGACGGAGUCGUGGCAGGUGAAAACCAGCAUGCUGUUGGCCCGCUGCAGCCACGGCUCAGUGGAGGCCAAUGGGCUCAUCUAUGUAUGUGGAGGAACAGUUGGCAACAAUGUAACGGGCAGGAUCCUUGCCAACUGUGAGGUCUAUGAUCCAAGCACACAGAAGUGGAGGGAGCUGAGUGGUAUGAGAGAAGCCAGGAAGAACCACGGUCUGGUUGUGGUCAAUAACAGGAUCUACGCUAUUGGGGGGCAAGGCACAUUUGGUGGACUGGAAUCAGUGGAGUACUACGAUAUUGCCAGUAACGAAUGGCAAACCGCUGCUCCGAUGCCGUGGCGAGGUGUAACGGUAAAGUGCGCCGCAGUUGGUGACAUCAUUUACGUGCUGGCAGGGUUCCAGGGCGUGGGGCGGCUUGGACACGUCCUAGAAUAUCACACUGACACUGACAGGUGGGUGACUUGCAGCAAGGUGCGAGCGUUUCCCGUCACCAGCUGCCUGAUCUGCGUAGUGGACACAUGUGGCGUCAACGAAGACGAAGACAUGGACCUGAUAGACUCUCAGUCUCACGCCCCGCCCGCUGCUCCUUCGUCCGACUCUGCAUCUUCGUCCUCGUAGGAUUGCAUUAGGCCUUGAAAAUUGAAACAGGAGCAGAUCAGCUUGAAGCAGCAGUGGUUUUUGGGAAGACACUUUACACCUGUAGUUUCUAGUGUGUUUAAUGAUUAUUAAAUAGUGGAAUUUUGCAGCAAAUGUUUAAGUGGGGGGUGGAAGGGGCUCGACAAUCUUGUUGAUAUGUUAAUAUUAUUCACUUCUAGCCAUUUUCAGUUGCCAAACAUUGAUUUUAGCUUGCAGUUUAAGUUUAAUUUGGACUUUUCUGUUGGAAGGAACAAAAAGGGUGUUAAUGGUCUGGUUUGGUUGAUCAAGACAAAAAAAGUUUGACAGACUCAGUCUGAUGUCAGAAUUUAUUUUAAAUGUUUUUAUUAUUAUCGUUGUCUAAAAUAAUGCUGUUACAGAGUCUCAAGAUACUGUAUUUAUUUGUAGUUGAAUCUUAAUGGAAGUGUGUAAAUUGAGAUGAAGAGUGCUUCUGUAAUAAUGCACUCUUACUUUAAACAGACUGUACCAAGUGAUUACAAUGACCAAACUCAUUCCAUUCUCAGCUGCAUCUAAGUAAAAACAAAAUAACAUUUUUUUAAUUGGUCUUAAUUUGAUUAACAUUUUUUUUAACAAUUACCAACUUGUGGUCAAGUUGAUCAGUGAUACGGCUUCUGCGAUACAUUAGUAAAAAAGAAAUUCCUUCAAAAAAUGCUUAUUUACAUGAUAUAACAAAAUGUUUCUUCAUUCACUGAAUUGAUAUAAGCGAAUAAAAACUGUUGGUUUGGAAAAAA